CGCGGACUGCGGAAGUUGUGGCGGUACGUUUGCUGAACAAGUGCCUAUAUGCAAGCUGAUCGCCAUAUCAGCAUGAUCACGACCAAGGCAUUCCUCCUGUUGAUCAGCAUGAUCACGACAAUGGCAUUCCUGCUGUUGUGGCCGAGUUCAAACGACGUGCUUUUGAUCUAGUUCCAUCACAUUUGAUCCAUAUCCCAACUAUGGAAUUGAUCUCGCGGGACAAACUCAUUACAAUACUGAAACCGGAGACGAUCACUGAGGAAGGACAUCCGGAGUCUUCCAUAGAGUCAGCUGUCGUCAACCUCCUCAAAUACGCCAUUCUAUCACACCGAUGGGGAGAAUCGGAGCCGACAUUCCAAGACCUAAAACGCGAAGGAGCGGGUUACAAGAAACUGGAUAAGUUUUGCGCAAAAGCAAAGGAGUAUGGCUGUGAUUUCGCAUGGUCUGAUACCUGCUGCAUCAACAAAGAAAGCAGUUCAGAGCUUGAUGAAGCAAUUCGGUCGAUGUACAUGUGGUACCGCGAGGCCUAUAUAUGCAUAGUGCACCUAGCUCAGACAAAUUCAUGGGAUACGCUGGAAAACGACGAGUGGUUCUUUCGUGGCUGGACCUUGCAAGAACUUCUUGCACCCCUUAGGAUGAGGUUUUAUUAUGGUCCUACUUGGACGCCCCUUACACAAAAUCCUAACGACAAAGAUGACGCGAAGGUUGUUCGUGCUCUUUACCGCGCUACCAAGAUCCCUGAAAACGACCUGCGCAACUUUCGCUCCGGGCCGAAUCGUGCCUGGGAGAAGAUGAGCUGGGCAGCGAGUUGGAAGACAACCCGUGUUGAAGAUGUUGCCUACUCUCUGACCGGCAUCUUCGACAUCACCAUGACGGUCGCAUAUGGAGAAGGAGAUCGAGCUUUUAAAAGAUUCAUGGCAGAGCUUAUCGAGAAGUGCAAGGAAUGGCAAAUUCUUGUGUGGGCCGGCGGACUCCCUGGAUGUCCAACAGGGCCUUGCUGUUAUCGCACAACAGACGAGGCAGCACUCGAGAUGCUCAAGAACCACGAGAUCUCAUGGUGGGGAGAGGGUUGUGGCGAUGACGACUUCUCAAUUACAAAGCGUGGCGUGCAGGUCAAGCUAUUCAUGAGCCUCUGGCAGUCAGUAUUCCUUUCCUGUCCGGCCGGUGGCCUCAUGACAUCACCGCUCGACGAGCUGGUCGUGCAAUCUCCUUUCUUUCCACCUGCAUCUACGACGGAAUGGGCGAUCGGGGUUUUGAAAGCGGGACAAAUUUAUAUAUGUUUCCUCUUGAGGCGGUUUUGUCGCCCUGGCCUGGAUACCGUGCGCAACCACUGGAGAAGGGAGGUUACAGACAAGAUUCUGACGGUUUUGGAGAUCGUUUGGUUAUAAAUUCUAGAAUAGAAUGUGGUAGAAAAAACGUGUAACACAUACAGUGGAAUCCUCGAUGAUCAUGUUACAAAUGGCUCACGGUGUACUCAAUGAAAUCGAUCCGUG